AUGGCCCCCAAGUCCAAGACCGUCCGUCCCGCCCAGGAGAACACCUCCUUGGGUCCCCAGGUUCGCGAGGGCGAGCUCGUCUUCGGCGUUGCUCGUAUCUUCGCUUCCUUCAACGACACCUUCGUCCACGUUACCGAUCUCUCCGGCCGUGAGACCAUCUGCCGUGUCACUGGUGGUAUGAAGGUCAAGGCCGACCGUGACGAGUCCUCCCCCUACGCCGCCAUGUUGGCUGCUCAGGACGUCGCUACCCGCUGCAAGGAGCUCGGCAUCACUGCUCUCCACAUCAAGAUCCGUGCCACUGGUGGUAACGGCACCAAGACCCCCGGCCCCGGUGCCCAGUCUGCUCUCCGUGCCCUAGCCCGUUCCGGCAUGAAGAUCGGCCGCAUCGAGGACGUUACCCCUACCCCCUCCGACUCUACCCGCAGAAAGGGUGGUCGCCGUGGUCGCCGUCUCUGA